GUUUUUAAGGAUGGAGUCAACUUUUAAAGUACUCAGAAGUCAUCUUGUCUCAAAUUUCAUAGAUAUUUUCGCUUGUUCACGCCCUAUGUUUUCUUUUUGAGCAUGCCAUGCAAUUUGAGACCGGAGUUUGUGCAUGUGAAAAGCAUACCGUUGUGUCUUCUAAAGAGGCAAAUUAUGAAUGUGGAGUUGGUCAAUUUCCAUCAUCAUCUUCGACUGAUAAAAAUCCACCUCCCAUCCCACCAAAAGCUUUUAAACAUAUUCCCCCCCUUCCUCCAAAACAUACAUCUCGUCCAGUUCGACAAAUAAAACAUAGAUGUAUAAAAUGUGAACCAACUGUCAACUUGGAAAACCCGAAUUUUCCACCCAUUGGUCGCUUACAAGACGUUUGUGCGGUAUGCAGGCGAAGCGGUUUGCAUCCACACUCUACAUGUGACGUUGAGUCAAUCGAUAAAUCUCAGAAAGAUCCAGUCGACUCUCUACCGGGUCACGAGGAUGUAAACUACAAAAAAUGCAUUGAAUGCCCUCAAACACCUAACAGUAACAGUAUAAAGUUCCAGUACUCGUCGCACCAAAAAAAUGAAACAAGUAGACCAGGUAAAAUCUCAUCUGAUGAUAAUGGAAAUUCCUGUUUGUUUACGUUCGAUAAAAAUAUUUCUGAUGCAAAAAUCACACAGCCAUCCAUUUGCAAGCGAUUCACAAAACAACAUAUUUGUCAGGGAGUCUCGAAACAUCAAGAACUUAACUUAUGCGAGCUCGGAAGGGAUUCGAGUUCGACAUCUGACUUACCGGCAUCAAACUGUGCCUGCUCUGCUAACAUAUGGGGUCUUAAUGGUGGUAGUAAACUAGACUCUAGCUAUGCAUCUAACCGAGGAUGCUUUUCCUCAGAAUAUCGUGGACUCAAUUUAAUUUCAGAUCAUUCUGCUGGCCGAAAGAUUUCUCGGUAUCACCAGGAGCAAGGUGAUACAAACAAAACAAGGUGCGGCAGUUUACAAUGGAUAUCUGACACUUUCCAACGUAUAUUUCAUGCUUCCAGGAGCUUCAAAUCUUCUAAAACAAAUUUUCUCCACCCAACAGAUGACUCAGUUGUAAAUGUAAAGAAUUUACCUCAUCUAAAUGAAGAUAGAUUUUGCAGGCGACUGAAACCACUUGUUCAUAAAAGGGAUCGCGAAUGGAAGAGGGAUAUUUUCGACCAGAAGUUUGGGGGUCGUUUCGUACAACAAAAGCGUUCUUUCAGCUAUAAUAGUUCUUUUAUUGAAGGAGUCAGAUUUAAUUCAUAUAAUCAGAAUGGCUGUGAAUCUAAUGCAACUCUGAAUCCCCGCGUUGACCACCAUUCACUUCCACCUAGAUCAGCAAACAGUCGGAGUUCCAUUAUUAAAUGUAGGAAUUCGCUUUUCAGUCCAGAUACAACAAGAAAACAUUUCGAGCGCCUUGAUAGUAUAAGCCCUUCAAACGGUCGAUUAAAACAGGUACAUGUAUCCAAAACCAUAGGAGCUGCCCAGUCCAGAUACCAGACUUCAAAUCAUCCAAAUAUGUGUAUAAACCAUAAAAGACCAGAGUCUGCCCUCGCAAUGAUUUGUGCUUGUUCUCCCUAUGUAUCCGGUCACGUAAACCAGCCGCUUGAUUCUACUAGAGAAUGCUUUUCUUGUAUGGGAAAUCAUUCCUCAUCUACAAAAGUUCCAGCUUGUGGCUGUCCCAACCACAAAAACCAUAGGUCUUGGUUAAACAGUCCAAAUUGUUCGGGUAUAUCGAAACCCCACAGAAGAAAAGAACAAAACAACGAUGAAGUUACUACUACUCAGUUCACUGAGGGGAUCCUUCCAUUAAACCCUGAUGUCUUACUGGUUAAAGAACAUGAAAAUAAUUCUAACUGUGAUACUACAAAUUCAGUUACUUCUCACCUUCCCUGUGAGGUUCCUGUCGAUUCCAACAAAAAUGUCUUAAACUGCACUGAAGGUAUCGAAUUUGGGGCACAUCCAACUACUAUAAUUGACAAGAAUGGUCAAAUUCAUCACGUCCAUCACAUACACCAUGUCCAUCAUGUUCAUCACCACCAUCAUCACCACGAAUGUGCAGAUGGUGUUUCCAAUGAUAUUGCAUCCUGUCCUCUUAGUCCAGUUACCAGUCCAGUUGUCUGUGACAGACAACGUCCACCGACAACAAUUGCAUCUGCCUUGGAAACGUGCACGGUAGAGGAAGCAGUAGUCAGUUCUCCAUCUUCCUGUCAGAAUCAGCAGGUUGGCGUUGCGGAACAAGUUCCUGUGAGCAGUUGUCAUACCUAUAACGCCUAUGAUGUUAGGGCGUCUGAUAGUAUAAGUACAACAGCGCCCAUCAGCUCAACACGCACAUCUAGCCAAAGGUUGUCAUCUGCGUUACAAGAUAGUCGAUCUUCAUUUCAUCGAAGCAUGUUAGAAUUGAGAAAGGUAAGAUAGUGCUGAUUUUUUCUAUUUUUUUAACACAUGAAUAUUUAUCACUAUAAGUCUCGACCAAAUUUAUCCGAGAAAGUAAAGCGCAAUGCUAGGGAUUUUGUGGCGUGCUUCUCUUGUUCUGUUCAUGUAGACGAAGUUCAUUUUUUCCCUCCUACCUUUGGCAAAAGCCAAACGAGCUUUUCGAAUGCGUGCUGAGAUUUCGUCAGACACCAACCCAUUAGGGCUGAUCAGACUUCCAAGAUAAGUGAAGUUGUCAAUGCGUUCGACUACUUCACUCCCUAUCCUUAGUUCAGGUGUUGACGAAGACCAGUCCUGAAGCAACAACUUGCAUUUAGAGAGAGAGAAGCGCAUCCCAAACAUUCUGGCAUUGUUGCUCAGUGCUACCAGAAGGCACUGCAUUUUAUCAGCGUCUUCACCAAACACGACUAUGUCAUCUGCGUAUUCUAAGUCGAUAAGUGGACCACCUGGUAGGAGACCAAUGCCCGAGAAUUCAGUCGAUGAGAGCGUUAUUUCCAUCAGGAGAUCUAUGAUAAAGUU